UAAAAAAUCGUCAAUCAAGCCCACCUAAUUAGGCUCGUUGAAAUCCAAAAGAUUCUCUAUCACACUUGCAAAUUUACAUUGCUUACCAUCUACAUGUACCUUCUAUCUUGCGCUAGUUUGCUCAGCCUUGCCAUUGGGUGAGCGAUACGCAACUCAGCCUCAGCCUUGUCCUUGUUCUUCCCAUCUCCACGUUCUUUCUCUCAACUCCGUGCCUAUAUACGAUACAAGGUGGCCUCUAAUGCUUCUAGCUGGUCAUGAAUGCCUUUGAUGGUGUUAGAUACGUUAGUGGAAUGCCAAGUCUCUCCUUGAAAGUUAAUUCAUCCAUGAAACCAUCUACGAGCCCUUCUAGACCACAUUUCUUAUCCUGGACUGAGCCUCCGUUGUCUCUCUACCACGAAGACGGCCUUGCCGCACGCACGAAAUACAGCCAAUGCUAUAUUCCUCCUCGGACACGAUGAGUGGGAACGAACAAUGGAAGAAGGGGCAACUUUCGAGGGCGCUGGCGAAAGCUAAUACUGCAGUCUUACUGGAUAAUGCACAGAACUUUGAAGGUGCGCUGGAGGCGUAUGACGAAGCGUGCGGGCUAUUGAAGCAGAUCAUGAUAAGUAGUUCAGUCGACGAGAAUCGAAGGAAGCUAGAAGCGAUUCGCAACACUUAUACUAUCCGCAUGGAGGAACUACGAAGUUUAGAAGUCACCAAGGCAGUCACAAUAACGACUUUCGUAGAUGACAGGCCUCCGAGCUCGAACGUCGUCCCCGCCAUAGAUGACCGAUGUGCAGGUCAUAACACAUACGCCAACAAAGCCGAAGUGCCAUACAAACAUCUGGAAGUUCUAGGCCGUGGAAAUUAUGGCCUUGUCGACAAAGUCGAACGAACCCUACCUCUUUCCGACUGGAACACACCUGGAAUAUACGCUAGAAAAGUGAUUCGAACUGGAUACUCCCAUGCUGCUAGACAACAGGAGCGGAUAAUGUCAGAGAUCAACAUAGUUCGAAAGCUAAGGCACAGCCACGUGGUAGAACUGGUCGAGACCUAUCAAGCUGGCCUUGAGUUUGGCAUCAUCAUGAGCCCAGCCGCCGAGAUGGAUCUGAAGGAGUUCCUCGCUCAUGCUCACGAAGAUGAGGCUAUCGUGCACAGAACCGACAGUUGCCUGCUAUCAUGGAUAGACUGUAUUGUUAGCGCAGUUUCUUACAUUCAUCACCAGCGCGUACGACACAAGGACCUCAAACCCGCCAACAUUCUAGUGCGCGGAAAGGCAAUCUUUAUCACAGACUUUGGCAUAUCAAAAGAUCUCAUCGGCGAAACGACUGGGUCGGUAGGUGACCCUAGCGAGCGAUCACCGAUGUACUGUGCGCCGGAGAGCAACGUCGAGGGCGAGCGCCGAGGCCGCUCUGCGGACAUGUUCUCAUUGGGAUGCAUUAUGCUUGAGAUGCUGACCGUCCUCAUGGGGGAGUCGUUGGCGAACUUUGAGGAAUACCGCAUCACGAACAAUUCACGUGCUUACGCUGCUAACCACAAAAAGAAUUAUCUCUGGAUGAUUGAACUCAAAAACAAAUAUCACAUCAAAAACCCCAACACGUAUCCAUACAUGUCUCACAGCCGUCGCAUAAGCACAAAACUUGCGACAGUAGCAGCGCUUCUUAAUUUAGCCCCGGAUGAUCGACCAAGAGCGUCUGAAAUGGACGGAUACAAUGGAGCUGGCGCUUGCGACGGAACUGCGUCCUGUUUCCCGUACCAGGAUCGCGAUGGUCUUGUGGCGUUUGAAAGCCUUCAAUGGCCACAUUCCGCCUCCCUGGACGACGACGAACUACCACAGAAGGUCCGCGAUAGAAGGUGGCUCAACAGGUGUUAUUUUACUCGACGGAAAGACAGUGCUCAUGGGUCGGAUGGCUGAAAGGCCCUCAAACUCGACACAAUCAUAUCCGUCAUACCUUACAGAAGUUGUGCGUCUGCGGGAACCGAAGAUCUAUGGGCACGAGGAUGAAACCGGAAUGCUCUUUAAGAUUGGGGCGUUGAGUCCUUGAGUAGCUCACUACCCGAACCAUCUACAAGGCAGUCCACUCAGCCCGCAACUCAUGCCUGCGGGUCACUGGUUUCAUGACUCGG